GUGAUUUUAUGAGAGUCCUGUGAUACGUCAACGAAAUGUGACAAUUAAAUUUUUCUUUCGUUGCACAAUUGUACGCAGAAACUUAGUUAAUUUAAAUUUACAUUAGAAUUAUGUCGUACGUUGUAAAGUAAAUUUUUCUAUUCUUUAACCGGUUGAUCGGUCCGUGAAAGAAGGUAUAAGUUCGCAUUAAGUUUAAUUGUUGUUUAAAACAACUUGCAAAAAUGGACGACCAAGCUUGUCCAAGAUGCAAAACUACCAAGUAUCGAAAUCCAUCCUUAAAAAUGAUGGUGAACGUUUGUGGACACACAUUGUGUGAAAGCUGCGUAGACUUGUUGUUCUUGAAAGGUUCCGGAUCUUGCCCAGAGUGUAAGAUUCCUCUACGAAGAGCAAAUUUUCGUGUGCAAUUGUUUGAGGACCCAAUGGUAGAGAAAGAAGUAAACAUAAGAAAGAGAAUACUUCGGGACUUUAAUAAAAGAGAGGAGGACUUUAUGUCAUUACGCGAAUACAAUGACUAUUUAGAAGAAAUUGAAACUAUUAUAUAUAACUUAGUUAAUAACAUCGAUGUAAUAGAAACGAAUAAAAAGAUAGACCAAUACAAAAAGGACAAUAGAGAUCAAAUAACCAAGAGCAAAUCUAAACUUGGUAGAACCGAGUACGAACUGGAAGAGAUGAUAGAGUUAGAAAAGCAAAAGGAAGAGGAGAGAAAAUUGGAACUGGUUAAACAAGAAAUGGAAGCUAAAAAGAAGAAAAUUCGUGAGAAAGAAGCAUUGAUAGACGAGCUUACGUAUUCGGAAGGAAAUGCAAAGAACAUUGUGGAAACAUUUGCAUCGGCUAUACAAGCAUCUAAGAAGGAAGUAAAAGCGGUACCUUCUAAAGUUACACAAUUUAGCACGGGAAUAAAGUUUGGCAACCAAGGAACUCAGAAUUAUAUGCCUGUGCCAAAACUUGACGAAGGACCUUUAUACUCUUAUGUACCUAUUAGACAGUCGACCGAUGGCCCAACACCACCAGGUUGGCGAGAGUUGCAAGCUCGCGGUUAUGUUUCUCAUGUACGCGGUGAAUCUUCGGCAGAAAGAGCAGGAGGAUUCAAAGCGCAUGUUGCAUGUUUAAGGGCCUUACAAGAAGCUAUGGCUGGUCUAUACCAUAAUCCCUCUCAACACCAAACAGAAUUUGCAAGCGUAUAACUGUACAGACUGUUUCAAUGCCAAGGAACUAUAUCUCUAGUUUUGUACAUAGACCAGCCACUUACCGAUCAGUUCUUCUAAUUGUAUUAAACAACUUAGAAUCUCUGAUUAAUUGUCAUUCACGAAUUACAUAACCGAUUGAUUAAAUGCAUGUGAUAUAAUUACAAAUUACAGGUACACGUGCCUUGUAUAUUUAUCUAAUUUUUGUAUUACAUAUUGUAUACCAUAAAAAUUGUACAACUUCAGUACCUGGCCACUCAUUGAAUACACGUAAAGAAAAAUGUUUUUUUCGUAAUCUUUCUUCUAUGUUCCGCGUCUACUAUUCUACCUUCUAGUAGGUAGAAGUUAUUUUAAUUUGUACGAUAUAAAUUAUUUGCAUCGCUGUUUAUAAAAAUGUUAAUGUUGAAAUAUAACUUUUGUAAUAAUCAAUGCUUUUCAUUAGUGUCAUUCUAUCGAUUUAUUAAAGUCGAUAGCGACAUCGAUAAAGCAGUACCGACUGAUGUUAUGCAUUGACUAUGGUAGACCAUAAGAAACGUACAUUUUUCCAAACAAACAAUUUACCUGUAUCACCAUAGCGUUAAAUAAAAAAACUGUACCCUACCGAAUGGGUAUUUAUAUUAAUAUUAAGUAAUAUAAGCUCACCAACUAAAGUACCG